AUGGGAUCUCGAAUCGGAACUCGUGGAAAAGAAAAAAUUAUCAAGGCAAUGAAGGCCCGACAGCCAGCUGUGAAGAAAGUCAUUGAUGCGUUUAACCAACUCUACACAAAAUACAAGGCUAAGUACCCCAAUCAGCAAUUAUCCGAUGCCGAAGAUCACCCCCUUACGUACCAGGCGUUCUCUAAAUGGCCCAUGGAUCACAGGUUCUGGAAUGAUGGUUUAUACUACCAUUCCAGUGCGCCUUGGUCUAUAGACCCGGAUGUUUGGACAGGCAUUAACUGCGUUCUAAUCCUUCAACGAACACGGGAAGAAUUUGAACUGAUCGCACAAGAAUUGGCUCGAGCUAAGGGAUGGGCGGUUGCCCACCAUACCAAGAUUAAAAGUACAAUCGAUUACAUCAAUACUCGUGUUGAUCAGCUUCAAAACAAUCAAAAUCUUGAUACUGAUUACAUCGACGACAUCAUGCUAGGCGAUUUAACUCGCAAGGCCAAAAUGAAGGUGAUCUGCAGCGAGCUACAACUCCGACUCAAAGAACACGAGGAAUUGAUCUGCGAUUGGUCAGACGAUCUACACUCCAUGUCUCAACCACACGGAAACCACCAAACCGGUUAUGGCAGCGUACCUCUUUACUUGGCCCAACACCACCGUGCACCUCCCAGUGUCAACAAAUCUGGAUCCAAGAUUUACCCCCUUGGAAGUUUCUCUCCAGGCAUAGGGCACCCCAACUCUUACGUCGGACCAAACCUCUUCGGAAAUUCUGCUCAAGCCCCUACUUGCUCGCGCGGUAUCGGCGCCUCCCCUCAUGAUUACCAAUCCUUGCAGAAUUCAUCUGGCUUCCCAUUCGCAGCGCGUGGUACUCCGGUCCAGCUUUCACACUCUCCUGCCUCUCAAUCAAACUACUCCGGCCACAUUGGCCCGCAGGGGCACCAUUCCCAAGUUCUGUUCCUGCAAUCUCCUCUCGAGCGCGCUGCACCCCCUACUCAAUUGUUGCAGUCCACACCGCAAGGUUCUCCUUUCGAAUACACUUUUUCCUCUCCACUUCCUGGAAGGAAUCCAUCAUUCCAGUUCUCCGCCCCUCCUGUCUCGAAACCGCCUCCGAAAAAGCGUGCGCCACGUCGCAAAGCGCCUUCUCGCUCUUCCGCCAAGGAUGCGGUCCCACUUGCGCCAACCCCAGCAGCUCCUGCCGAAGCUAGUUCAGCAGAAACCCAGACGCGCAUUCCGUUGUCCAAUGCUCCUCAAUCCCAGGAAGCCAGCUCUGCGAAUGGCCCCAAUGUGGAAGACUCAUUUGACGACUCUCCACCAUCCAAAAGGCAACAAUCGCAGACCAUUUCCGAACGAAUGGUGCAGUGCAGAGAGCUGUGGCAGCAGUUGGAUGAAGAGACAAAAGAUCAGUGGCGGGAUCAAGAGUUCCUUGACACCAUAUCUCCACCCGAUAAUUUCGCGCCAGGCUCCGAGCAAUCCAAAGUUGCUGUCACACAGUGGAAAAAACGAGAACGAUUCAAGCUCAACAUGUGGGUCCGCAAAAUGAAGCGCGACCUCAAAAAUCUGAGCACUUCACAUCAGGUUGAAGGUUUCUUUGCGCUGGCUUCGCGCGACCCUGACAACGCUGAACUUAUAACCGGGGGGAGCAUAUUGGCUGAGGAAUUCCUCGACGUUCUGGAGAAAGGUGCUAAUACCUGCCAGUUGUUCUACAACUUCAUCAACGGCCAACAAGCAGUCAAAGAAAUCUCAGGCGACUACCCUCGACCAAGCACGAAGCGCAAACGUCGCUCCGGCAAAGAUCCUGAGGAUGGUGAUUGUCCUUACGACCUUGGUAGUAAGGUUGCGAAUGCUGCGGAAGUUCGCGCAAAGCUCAAGCAAGCGCUGUUCACGGCCACUCAUGGCGCCUGGAACGGUGGAUGGCCGGGUACUAAGACCGUUCAAAAGUUGAAAGCGAUGAACGUCACUUUGCAGGUCCUGCCAAACAACAAGCGUGUUGUCCCGGCCGACUUUUGUGCCCGGCCUUCAGAUAUGCGGAUCGCUCGAACUCGCCGUAUUCUUACAGCUUUUGCAAACGGGUGGGUACGACUUGUUGGUCCUCCCAACCCUGAUGCCUCCGAAGAUCAGAUACAGGCCCUUGGACAUGAGCCUGACUCCGAUGACCCGGACGAAUCUCCAGGUAUCACUGUUUGCUUCAACGGGACCCGAAUCACUAGUAAGCAUCCCUCCAAAAAGGGUGUGAAGAGAGUUGGCCCCAAACGUCCUGCUGUCUCGAAGGUGGUUAAGUCCGUACGCUUCAAAUGUCCCCCUCGCAAGCCCAAGAACUGUAUCCCAGAUUCAGAAGACAAUAACUCAUCCUUCUAUUCAGAAGAUGAUACAUCAUCCUCGGAACUGGAUGAUGGAGUCGCCCCUAAGCGCCGCAUACUCACGAGGCAACAGCUUGCUCUUGUUAAUUCCACUGGAACGUUUCGCGAGGAAAGAUCAGUGACUCCUGUCUCUGACUCCUUGGCUUGA